CUCGGCCUGCCGGGGAGUCACGGGGGCGCCGCGGACUCGGGUGCUCCAGGCUUGGGGAGCUGGUGAGGCCGCUGGACCUCGUCCGCCCGGCGGCGGGACCGCACUCUUCGGCUCUGAGGGCCCGGUCGGGAGCCCUGACCCCUUCGGAAUGAAGCUCUUCCUGCCUGUGCUGCUGGCUGCCCUUCUGGGCGUGGAGCAGGCCCGCUCCCUGGUCUGCUUCUCCUGCACGGACCAGCAGAGCAACCUCUACUGCCUGAAGCCCACGGUGUGCGCAGACUCGGACAACUACUGCGUGACCGUGUCCGCGGCCGCCCACCUCGGGAACGUGGUGGACUUCGGCCACACGCUGAACAAGGGCUGCUCCCCCAUCUGCCCUGGGCCGAGCGUGGACCUGGGCGUGGCGUCCGUGGGCACCCACUGCUGCCAGAGCUUCCUGUGCAACUUCAGCGCCGCUGACGGCGGGCUCCGGGCCAGCGCCGCCGUGCUGGGCCUCGGGCUCCUGCUCAGCCUGCUGUCCAUGCUGCUGCGGCUGGGCCCCUAACCCGGCCGGGACAGCCUGCGCCCGCCCUGCAGCCUGCACCCCACCGGACCCUGCGUGCUCCCUCUGGCCACCCCUGCCCCAGAGGGCCUAGCUGCCCGCUCUCCCGCCCGAUGAUGUCACCUUCCUCGGGGAACCCAGGAAGGUUUGAGGGUCCCGGAGUCAAAACUGAGUCCCGGCGACACGGAGGAGGGGCAUCGGGCCCCAGCCUGCUCAGCCACGUGUGGCCGCGAGCGUGGUGGGGGCCACAUCAGGGCCCGUGUGGGGCAGCGGGCACGGGCACUGAGACACCAGAGCCCCUUUCCCUGGCACUUCCAGACCCCACCUCUCUCACUGCGGGGCGUUUCCAGGACAGGCCUUCUGCCCCUUCCCAGAUCCAGCUGCACCCCUUCCCCACUCGAACCCUCCUGCUUUGGUGCCUCAAAUAAACACCCACGUUCCUCCUUCCUACUCUGAGGGUGAUCACCUGUGGCCCCGCCUGGGGGC